GUAGAUCUGAAAAUUAUAAGAUAAAAUAAAUUUUUCAAGGGGUUUUUGAAAUCUGAAGGGAUUUGACAUCGUAGGAAGAAUAACGGACAACAUUCAAUUCUUUGGACUUUAAAUUCUUUAAUAACAGCCAUGAAAAGACGAACAAGAGAAAAAUGGGUCAAAGCACGCCUUCGGUCGUGUGAAUUGAUUGAAAUUAUGUCAAUUGUUUCUUCUGAAAAAUACAGAAUUUUUAAAUCGUCUAACAUGGACGUGUAUAAAAAGCGUAAAUAUACAGUUGUCAUAACCGGAGAUCUUUCAACUUUUAAAAAUAUGCCAUGGUUGAAGAAAUCCUUACCAAAGUCUCAGCCUAAAAAAAAAUGUUUGCCAAAGGCUCAGCCUACAAAAAAAUCUUUAUCAAAGACUAAGACUAAAAAACAAGGCGAACCAAGUUCAAGCACCAAGAAGUAGUUUUACUGUCGCCCAAUAUUCAUUUUUAUAACAACAUACAAUUCACAAUUCUUCUUAAACCCUUCAAUUGCUGAAGUCUGAUAUACCUAAUUUCGAAAUAUUUUAAACAUUGACUUUGAUACAUUUUUGAAAAGUAUUUCGUGAUAUUCAAUUUUAUCCUUGGAAAUUAAUUUUUGUAAAUGAUAACGUAGAGUUAUUCAAAACGUACUAAUCUUAUUUAAGAAAGUAUAUUUUUAUGUCUUAACAUUUCCCAAAUUAUGAUCUGACAUUAAAUCAUUUUAGUAUGUCAUAUUUUGUAAGAUUACAUUUUAUACAUUUCAAUAAAGAACUCAUUUGUAGUUUGAAGAUAGGUUUU